AUGGAGCUCGAGCCGAAGCAGCAGCAGGCCAUUGCCGACAUCAUCAACCACAACGGCGCCUUUGCGCAGCUCAACAAUGUGCUCGCCGCCUUCCAGAGCCGGAGAGAGGCCCUCGGGCUGUCCAACCCGGGCACCGUCGAGAACAUCGCCAAGGAGGUGCAGCGCGAUGUCUUCCUGAACAAUCUGAGCUUCUCGGGCCUGCGCGCCGAGCUCACAAAGGCCUUCAGCGCCGCGCCCAUGUUCCAGGUCUCGCACUCGCUGUCCAUGGGCUCGCAGGUCCAGCCGCCAUACGCAUACACGGCCAUCUACGGCUCGCCCAAGGUCUUCCUGCAAGCCAACCUCGACAACGACCUCCAGUUCUCGGGCCGCUUCAACUGGCGAUGGACGCAGGCGCUCAUCUCGAAGGCGUCGGUGCAGCUCACAUCCCAGGGCAACAUGGUGUCGCUCGAGAACGACUACACCGGCUCCGACUUCUCGGCCUCGCUCAAGGCCAUCAACCCCUCCGUCGUCGACGGCGGCAUCACAGGCAUGGUCAUGGCCAGCUAUCUGCAGUCCAUCACGCCCAAGCUUGCCCUCGGCAUCGACGCCUUCUGGACGCGCCCAGCCAUGGCUUACCCUCCUGAGUUGAACGUCUCCUACGCCGCCCGGUACAAGGCUGCCGACUGGAUGGCGUGUGGUCAGGUCAUCCCAGACAGAGGUGCCAUUGAUGCUUCAUACUGGCGCAGGCUUUCGGAGAGGGUCGAGGCAGGUAUCAACUGCAACCUCUCUUUCGCCGGCAUUGGCCCGGGCGGUCCCAUGGGCGGCCCUUCAAAGGAAGGCGCCGUCACACUGGGUGCCAAAUACGACUUCCGCUCUUCAUCCUUCAGGGCGCAAAUCGACAACUCGGGCAAGGUCUCGUGCUUGUUGGAGAAGAUGAUCGCACAGCCUAUCCGUGUCACCUUCUCCGGCGAGAUUGACCACAAGACGAACGCCGCCAAGCUCGGCCUCGCCAUCUCAAUAGACGCCGCAGACGAGGCUGUCAUGGAGCAGCAGGAGCGCGCCGCCUCAGACGCGGGCUCAAUCCCGUUCUAAACGCCUGAGCAGCGUAGCCAAGACCCCGACUCCCUGUACCGACUAUAAUCACCCGCUUUCUUUUCGCUGUAUUACCACUUUCUUAUCCCGAGCAACGAGCGAGCAUGGGGCUCGCAGUCAUAUCAAAAGCGCAUCUUGGACGGUUGGCUAGGGGAAUCUGAACUGCACGACUAGAC